AUUUUCUUUAGAGAGAAAGAGUGAGUUGUUUUGCAGCACGGCGCAAAGUAUGAAUUUUAGUUAGACUCUAACCUCUGACAAAAUCUAAAAACCAUGUUUUUAAUUGUUGAGGCGUACUAUUUUCUAUAAAAACAUAUUGUUCAAAACUACAUAAAGAGUAUUGACGCUUUAAAUUUAUAUUUGAAAAACAAAGCUCAUUGACAAUAAUUAUACAAGGCUACUAUCACGAUACGUCGCUAACAAUUUUUCCGGUUCUACAAUGGACUACUCUUGGAUCUUCAAACAAGUAGCGUUUACAUGCUUUGGUACAAUUCUUGGUUACGUUAUUGGAAAAUAUGCCAAAAAAACAUUGAACGAUGAAGGAGAACCUAAGCAGGAUGAUGGGGAAAACGAUUGUCACAUAGCACUCAUAAUCAACAGCAGUUUGAAAAUGGGAAAAGGAAAAGUAGCUGCUCAGUGUGGACACUCGGUGGUCUCUCUAAUGAAGCAGGCGAGGAAGUCGAACGAAGUGCUGUACGAGAAGUGUGUGAGUGGCGCCUGCCAGCUGCAGCUGUUCUCCGUGGAGUCGAGUGACGAUUUCAACCGACUGCGACAGAUGGCGACUGGCUGCUCGCUGCCUAGCUACGUGGUGGCCGACGCCGGUCGCACGCAGAUCGCAAGCGGCAGUCUCACCGUGCUCGGCGUCGGUCCGGCCUCUGCCGAAUCCAUCAAUCACUUUGUCACUGGUCUCAAACCCUACAAAUAGUGAAGUCUCACUGUACAAACUGUUAUGAAAGGUCUUCAUUAUGUUUCAAAAAAUACCGUUGUUUUGAAACUGUAAUAUCGGCUGACAUUAAAAUUGUUUUGAAAUUGUAAUGUCGGCUGACAUUGAAAUUGUAAUGUCGGCUGACUUUAAAAUUGUUUUGAAAUUGCCGCUGACCAAAUAAAACACAUCGUCAAUGGUAUCAAACCCUAUAAAUAGUGUCACCGUUGUUACAAUGUACAAACUGUGAUGAAAAUUCGUCAUCAUGUGUCGAAAAUACGGUUGUUUUUAAAUAUAUUAUGAAAUUGUAAUGUUUGUGCUAUAGUGAGGUCUACGUUAAGGUGCGUACAGAUAUACGCGCCGCGUACAUGAGCAAUUCACUUUUAAUCAGCUGACUAUAUCUGUAUUUUUACAGAAACGGUAUAAGAUAUAGAUAUAAAAAGCUUGGCAUCAGCUGAUUAAAAGUGAAUUAAUUGCUCAUGUUCGCGGCGCGUAUAUCUGUACUCACCUUUAUAAUGGCAGUAUUUGAUUAACACUGGUGUGGCUAUCCUU